AGCAGAGAGAAGCUGUGGACAUUCACAAGAUGGUGAAGAUGCAGUGGAGUCUGUUUGUGUUCAUUGUGAUGGGUCAGUGUUCCUCCAUUGGGGGUCAGCUGUAUGACUACCACUUCAUUGGAGAGAAUAAGACCUGGAAAGAAGCCCAGAAGUAUUGCAGAAAGAACCACACUGACCUGGCCACAGUGUCUAACCAGACAGACAUGAAGAGACUCCUUAACUCCACGACUGCAAAGUAUCCAGACGGAGCCUGGAUUGGGCUGCAGCAAGACUGGCGCUGGUCUCAGUCAGGGGUGGAGUACAACGAGAGUAAAUGGUCUCCAGGACAGCCGAAUAAUGUAGGCAAUCGUGAGAACUGUGUGAGGAUGAAGAAUGACACAUGGGAUGACGACUCUUGUACUACAAAAUAUAACUUUAUCUGCUAUGACGAUUCAGUGAUCCUGAUCAAGGAGAGCAUGAUCUGGGAGGAUGCGUUAUAUUACUGCAGACAUCACCAUGGCGACCUUGUCUCCAUCACCAACCUGGACGAUCAGCGCUGGGUCCAGGAGAGAGCCAAGAUGGCCUCCACUCCCCACGUGUGGCUGGGACUGCGCUACACCUGCACUCUGGACUUCUGGUUCUGGGUCAGUGACGAGACGGUCCACUACACCAACUGGGGCCCCGGCCAGCCUGGGGACGACUGCAACAUGUCUGGAGCCAUGGACCGAAAUGGAACUUGGGUCAAAUUGAUCGACGAUAAGAACCAGCUUAACUUCAUCUGUUCCAAGUAA